AUGGCGCAAAGUAAUCAUGUACUCGAACGAAUUCAAGAGUGGAAGACGAACUUUGAGAAACAAGGCGAAGCAAAAUUAGCGGAAAUUCAACAACUUAUUAAUGCAAAUGAUAUUCUUGAGGCAUAUUUCCAAGAAAUUGAUCAACUGCCAGAAGAACUCCGCAAAAGCAAUCUUUUUGAAUUCAUGUCAUCAUGUGAGACUGCUGAUCCUAUUGUUGAGCUGUCUGAUGAGCCGAGUGUUAGUCAGCAAACUGAAAGUGAAUCCAGAAUGGGACAAAAAUCAAACGCCUGGGCAAAUCGGCUUCGAGGGGCGCGGAAAUUGGUACCUGAACCAUCUUCUACAAACAUGAGGACUCCAGCGUACAGGAAUUUGAAACCUAUUGUUCUAAAAACGCCUGCUGGGAAUGUUCGCGUGCCGGGAGCUAUAACGCCGAAAGUCCAAAAUGGUGAUGAUAUCAAGUUUCGGACUUUGCGUCGAGAGGAAGUGGCAUUCUCUGUUGCCGGUACACCAGUAGUUGCAGGAAACGAGACAGAAAGCGAUGAAAAUAUCUUCCUUGUAAACGAGCUGCUUCAUGCAAGAGAUGACGAAUUAACUCCACAGACGCGGAAUGUUGUCCAGGGAAUGAAACGGCUAAUUGGCCGAAUCCGUACUAGCGAGAUUCCCGAGCAUUUCUAG